AUGAGUACCUCCAGGAGCAGAGAACAACGUUUGCGAAGCCCUGGCAUCCAUUAUAAGGUGUUUACCCCCUCUCCUUUCUUUUUCUCUUCUUUCCCUUUUCUUCCUCCUACAUCCUCCUCCUGCAUCUUCCUCCUACAUCAUCCUUUCCCACCAGACAAGAAGGUCGAUGAGUAUAUCGCGGCACGGCUUGAGAAGCGCAAGAUCUACCUCCUACGCCGCAGCUUCAGAAUCUAUAACAACUACGCAAAGGACGGAGAUGAGUUUGUCCAUCCUGAGAACACUGAUGGCCUUUACGUUACCUUCAACAAAGCAGCAUUUCUGUGGGCUGAAGAAGAAAACUAUUCUGAGCUCGCAAUCGGCAGUAUUGACGUCCCUGGGACGUGGUUUGGAGACUACUCAGUGAAGCCGAAGUUAACCAAAGCCAUCCGCGAGCGACACAGCGUUGUACUACUCUACAAUACCAACCCGCUAUUCAACAAUCCUUCGGCCAUCUGUUUCGCCUCUGAGUCCGCCUUUCAACGAAUGCCAAUGAGGGCGCAAAUGUGCUGGGUCGGCGACCUGGGGUACCUCUUGGCUAAGGAGUACUUGAAAGAUUAUCCGGUCGAACCCGGAUUCCGCGGGCGUUUUAAUAGUGGAUGCGACAUCGUCAAUAACAUCGUUCGCUCCUGGAUCAAGGGCAAGAUUGUUGUCCCUGUUGUUUAUAUGGAGGAUAGGCCGUCUGCCGAGGAGUACGUCGAGGGAAUUGGAAACCUCAACAACGCUGGAAACAGCAAUUAUACCCCCCAACACACCUACAACACCAGUUCAAACAACCAGAAUGUCCAAGGCGACGAUGGGAACGGCCAGAAUGCUCGGAAGGAGAAGAAGAUUUCUCAGAAGGGAGAGAAAGAUUCUCGCCCCUACGAAAAUAAAUCCAGCCUACUGGGUGAUCCGAGCCACCAAAGCUGCAUGCGAGAAGGCAUGGCAGCCUGA